UGUCAGGCUUCAUCCACAUAAAAUUCCAGCCCGAGCCCGACGCAGGAGAUAUCGCAGGAAGCCGCCGACGAACGCACCGACCGUCACUUCAGCCGAUGUAACCAGACAGCCUAUGUUGGAGUCAGUUAUUUUACAGUAGCAACUUCGUCACAAAAAGAGACAAAAGAAGGCGAGAAAAUGGGACAUACCGCAUUACCUAUAUUGAUGGCUGUAUUGUCCUACUGCGUGUGGAAAAACGUCGAGGCUCUGGCCAUGGCCGAGGUGAACGGGCCAGGCCCCCAGGAGGCAGAGCCGCAGAUUGCCAUGUUCUGUGGCCGUCAGCUCCUUCACAUGAACCUACAGACUGGGCAGUGGGAGCCGGAUCCUAAGGGCCGGCAGGGCUGCUUCAAAGAGCCCAGCGAAAUCCUGUCCUACUGUCAGGAGAUGUACCCAGCGCUUCCGAUUUCCCAUAUAGAGGAGUCAAAAAGACCUGUCACCAUCCACGCCUGGUGUAGGAAAGGUUGGGGCCACUGCCAGACACAUCCCUUCAUAGUCCUGCCCUACCGCUGUCUAGAGGGCGAGUAUGUGAGCGAGGCCCUGCUGGUUCCUGACCGAUGCCGAUUCCUCCACCAAGAGCAGAUGGACGCUUGUGAGAGUUACGUGUACUGGCACAACAUUGCUAAGGAGGAAUGCACUGCAGACAAUCUAGAGCUCCACAGCUACGGGAUGCUGCUGCCAUGUGGAGACCAUUUCCGGGGGGUUGAGUACGUGUGCUGCCCGGGCCGAGGGAGUUCCAGCGGUAAAGGAGAGACCGAGGAGAGGGACGUCCCUGCUGUUCCUCAGACAUUCACAUCCCAGACCAGUGGAAAACUUAAUCCUGUCACCAAAGUAACAGCCCCCACCCCGAGCCCCUCUCCUGACACAGAUGUGGACGAGGCAGAUAUGGAAGAGGAGGAUGAUGAAGUGGUGGAAGAAGAGGAGGAUGCAGAAGAGGAGGAGGAGGAGGAGGAGGAGGAAGAGGAGGUCGACGAGGAGGAAGCGGAAGAGGAGGAGGAAGAGGAGGCAAUGGCUGUGAAAGAUCGAGAAGAGUAUGAAUACCCUAUUGACUCAGGCCCCUACCACACAUCAGACUAUCUGGAUUCGUUCUUCUACAAGAAAAGCCACAAACCCACCACCUCCACACCUCUGAUCAAGGGAGACAGCUUGACUACGCCUCGGCCCACAGAUGGCGUUGAUGUUUAUUUUGAGAAGCCAGUGGAUGACACCGAGCAUGCCAACUUCCUGCGUGCCAAAACGGACCUGGAGGAGCGCAGAAUGAAGCGAAUCAAUGAGAUCAUGAAGGAAUGGGCAGAGGCAGACAACCAGUCAAAGAAUCUGCCAAAGUCAGAGCGACAGGCCCUGAAUGAGCACUUCCAGUCUGUGCUGCAGACGCUGGAGGAACAGGUCGCUGGAGAGAGGCAGAGGCUGGUGGAGACUCAUCUUGCCAGAGUGGAGGCCAUUCUCAACAACAACCGCCGCCUGGCUCUGGAGAACUACUUGACUGCUGUACAGUCUGAUCCCCCUCAGCCCGAGCGGGUGCUGCAGGCUCUGAAGCGAUACAUGGCUGCAGAGCAGAAGGACCGCAGACACACACUCAGACACUACCAGCAUAUUGUGGCUGUUGACCCCCAGAAGGCUGAGCAGAUGAAAUUCCAGGUAUACACACAUCUCCAUGUGAUUGAAGAGAGGAUGAACCAGAGUCUUGCACUGCUGUACAAGGAUCCUACUUUGGCUGAGGAGCUGCACAAUGACAUCCAGGAGCUGGUCAAGGCAGAGCGAGGAGAUAUCAGCGAGCUCAUGACCACCUCCUUCUCUGAGACUCGCACCACCGAGGAGCUCCUGCCAGCUGCGAGUGAGGAGGAAAAGGAUGAUGAAGAGGAAGAGGAGAGAGCUUUCCAGAACAGGCCUUAUCCUCCCCGUAUUGAAACACAGUCAAAUAAGAAAGCCUUAGUGUCUGCAGUCGAUGAAUAUGACUAUACCACAUCUGAGAGAGGCCCUACUUAUGAGUAUGAGGAAAAGAUCAACACCUCUGCGGAGCUCAAGCAGGUAGUCAACAAACCUCCUGAGAUUGCAAGAGAUGAACUGCAACCUGAUGCCUUGGAGACAUUUAACCGUGGCGCCAUGGUGGGGUUGCUAGUGGUAGCCGUGGCGAUUGCCAUGGUGAUGGUAAUCAGUCUGCUGCUGGUGCGCAGGAAGCCCUAUGGCACUAUCAGUCAUGGCAUCGUAGAGCAGGUCGACCCCAUGCUCACACCAGAGGAACGACAGCUCAACAAAAUGCAAAACCAUGGCUAUGAAAACCCUACCUACAAAUUCUUUGAACAGAUGAACUGAGGUACUGGGGCUGCCAACAAGUCAUGCCUGACCACUUGUUUUGUCCCCCCCCCCCCAAUCUUCCUUACAGUGGUGUCCCAGCUACACUCCCUUUGACGGAUUUAUCAUGUGUUGAAAACUUAAAGUAACUGAAUAAGUACGGGGUACAUCCCAAACCCAUUGUAAAUGACCAACAGCAACUUAUCAUCAUUAUCAGAAUGUGAAAAAUGAGAUACAAUACAAACUCACAUCACCUAUUGUAAUUGGGUUAGAGUCUGAGGAUUGUUCCUUCCAUUAGCGGUGCCACAACAUUUCAUAAUCCUGAAAACAUUCACAUCGUAGACAGGAAAAACCAUCCCAGUGGCAUGACUUGAUCUAUUGCUCCUCACUAGAAACUGAAGUUGAACGGUGCAUAAUGCUUUAUAGUAUUUAUUUUUCAGUAGUAGUCUAUUUGUUCAAAUUGUACCACAGUUAGCUAUAAUGUAUCUGUGUAGAUGAGUGUGAGUGACAGCCUAGUUUAAUUAUGGUGUAAUUCUGAAUUUCAAACCCACUCAGAGAUUAAAGGGCAAUUACCAAGCUAAUUGUCAGACUAACCUCACCUCCAUGGGCUACUGUAACACUGAGCACCUCUAAUAUUAAGACAUUAUGCGAGGAUGUGGAGGUGUGACUUUGAAUGUGUGAGACAUUUAGGCUUUAAUUUAAAACACAGAAGGCCAAAAAGACCACGCUAGUCAAUACAGAACUGUAUGCUGGUGGUACAAAAAAAAAACACAAAAAAAAAAAAA